AGAAGCGCACUUGUGUCCAUCCCCGGGUUUAGGCGUGGCUUCCAGAUGGGCGAGGUUCCAGGGAAGUUCGCUUGAGACAGAAAGCCAACAUGUUGAAUGAAUCAUGACUAAAAUCUGGAGAAUGAUAACGAUAACUUCGAGUGGCAUGGACGUAUAGCGACGACUGGUUUAUUUUUAUACUACCACUUUAUCUGUUUUUUUUUUAUUUGCGGUCUUUGAAAGUUUGAAGGAGUGUGGGACAGGACAUUUUUUGGAUCAAGAACAAUGGGUCUCCUGCAGCUGCUCAAAUCCCAGUUCUUGUGCCACCUGAUCAUCUGCUACGUGUUCCUGGUGAGCGGCCUCAUUAUCAACCUGUUGCAGCUCUGCACUUUACCUCUGUGGCGGGUCAGUAAGCAGCUGGCCCGCAGGAUCAACGUCAGACUUGGCUAUUGCAUCAGUAGCCAGAUGGUAGCUGCCAUGGAGUGGUGGUCCGGGACAGAAUGCACGCUCUACACAGACCCAAAGAGUUAUCCACUGUAUGGAAAUGAGAAUGCAAUUGUGGUUCUCAACCACGCUUUUGAGAUAGACUUCCUGUGUGGCUGGACUUUCUGUGAGCGGUUCGGAGUUCUCGGGAGCUCAAAAGUGUUGGCAAAAAAGGAGCUGAGUUAUGUACCUGUGAUUGGCUGGAUGUGGUACUUCUUGGAGAUAGUUUUCUGCAAGAGGAAGUGGGAAGAGGACCGAAGGACGGUGGCUCGGGGGCUUCAGAACCUACGGGAUUACCCAGAAAACUACUGGUUUUUGCUUUACUGUGAAGGCACACGCAUGACACCAAAGAAGCACCAGAUCAGCAUGCAGGUGGCUGAGAGCAAAGGUUUGCCCAAGCUGAAAUAUCAUCUUCUGCCAAGAACCAAAGGAUUCUGGGUAACUGUCCAAAACCUCAGAGGAAGUGCCGCAGCUGUUUAUGAUUCCACUCUGAACUUCAGAAACAACGAAUCGCCAACCUUGCUCGGAAUUCUGAACGGGAAGAAAUAUCACGCAGACUUAUAUGUGAGGAGAAUCCCUCUAGAGGAGAUCCCAGAAGAUGAGGCGGAGUGUGCUGCCUGGCUCCACAAACUCUACCAGGAAAAGGAUAGCUUUCAGGAGCACUACGCACAGACAGGGCGUUUCCCUGGCCCCAUAAAGAGCCCUCCACGCAGACCCUGGUCCUUGAUAAACUGGCUGUUCUGGGCCUGCGUGCUCCUCUACCCGCUAGGCCUGCUUUUCGCUAAGCUGAUCAGCUCCGGAUCUAUGCUGACCAUCUUAGCUUCCGUGACUCUCUGCACUGCAGCUUCACUGGGAGUCCGCUGGAUGAUUGGACAGACUGAGAUCGACAGAGGUUCAAACUAUGGCAAUAAGGAGGUUCCUCUGAACAACAACUGAAGAGUCCUGACUGAAUCAGAGCUACUCAUUUGCAAGAUUGCCUGCAGCAGAAUGUGUAAACAUUUGGCUUGAAAUUCUGGUCUUACAAGCGCAAACCUGCUUUAAAGCGUAAUGUUGACAGUUUUGUUGUUGUCUUAACGGUAUGCUGCAGAUGCUCAAGAGCUAAGAUCAUGAAACUGGACCGUGGUGGGCAGCUUCCUUUGCGAAACUACGAAUCUGAGGCAGGAUGAAUUGUGACUUCACUACAUUCUUCUCAAAUCAGAGUGUAAAUAUUUGAAGAGGAGCAAGAAAAAAAAUCUUUUCCCUGAAAUUCAGCCAAGUAAAAAAUGGACUACCUCUUUCACUUUGGCAUUUUCCUGGUGGAGGAUAAUAAACAUUUCUCUUUAAAAAAAAACAACAACAACAAAAA